UCGAGGAGGGUGGCGGUCACACUAUUCAGCACAUAAGCUUGGUGCGCUCGGUUGUAGCGAGUCUGUACGAGACGUUAGGAAAAUAACAUUAUCAUCAUCAACAACCGUCGCUAUCAGUCAUGAGAGGCAAACGAGAACAUUCUCCAAGACGUGGAGACUCCGUCUGUCACCGGUCGUGUUCUUUAUCUACCAGAAAAUCCGUAAUUCGCUUAAUUGUGGAUACCAUACUGUGGCUUAUUGUUGGCCUGCCAAUCUUGCUACUGUAUAAGACAGGGGCACCCUACCAUGCAGGAUUCUUCUGUGACGAUCAGAGUCUCAGAUACCCCUAUAAGAAAGAUACCAUCCCCGACCCCCUGCUACUUGGCAUGGGGUUCUUCAUUCCCUUCUUUAUGAUGCUGAUGACAGAGGUCAUCCGAUGUUUGACAUCUAGGGAACGAAGUUUGGCUAACAGAGACCUGCUCGUCUUCGUCAAAGGAGCGUGUGUAUUCGUGUUUGGCUUUACUGUCGUGGAGGUCUUCAUACAAGGUUUCAAAUUUUCAAUCGGCAGACCAAGGCCCCAUUUUUUUGACGUUUGUCGACCAAACUUCAGUAGCAUAAACUGUUCAGAAGGGUAUGUUACAAACUACGAAUGCACCGGGACCUCCUACAGUGCAAAGAUCAUGAGAGAGAGCCGAUUCUCCUUUCUUUCGGGCCAUGCUGCAUUCUCUAUGUAUGGAGCCAUCUUCACCAGUUUAUACCUGGAAAAGAGGGUGAGAGUGACCUAUUCAUUGGUCCUAAAACCUGUCAUCCAGCUGUCCCUGGUCGUGUUGUCACUGGCCUGCUCCCUAACACGUUACUAUGACUACAAACAUCACGUGUCAGACAUCAUUGCAGGACUUCUGCUCGGAACAUGUAAUGCUGUUUUUAUAUAUAAAGCCCUUGGCGAAAAAGUGUUACAAGAUCGCAACUGUAAACAAGUGACGUUGAAUCUGCCCAGGUUCGAAAAACCAAAUAUGUCCGGGGAAGCCCGAACGCCGACCCCGUUACUGCUCCGGCAGGAUUCGUCAUUCACAUCCGCGGACUCGAGGGACUAUUUGUGCAAUAAUGGACACAUAAGGAGGACUGACAUUGUCUAGCAGUUUGUUAAUCAAUGUUGUGUUGUUUAUAGUAAUGUUCUCCUAAAACAAAGUGGUAAAUGAGUCACGUCACUUUGUUAUGACAAAUGUUCUCUCGUUUAGGGAACUGCCUAGGCAUUUAAAGGAGAAGGAAGUUCUAUCUGCACAUCCCAAGACUGGUGGAUUUAUUGAGAGAAAAUACUUCCAUUAACGUUCCAAAUAACAUGUCAUGUGAGGGUCAGCAGCAUUUAUAUAUAUUGCAUAAAAUUAAUCCGUCCAUUCUAUCACAAAAAGACCAUUUAUAACCAUAUAGCUGGUGCCUUUUGACAUCGCGUAACUUCGAUAUAUGGAAACCAAAUGGCAGACGAUAGCAAUUACCAAUACUUGAUAUAGAUAAUCUAGGUAGCGUUUGGCUACAUGGGAUGAUGCUCAUGGAGUAGGGGCGAUGUACACCGUUACAGGCGGUCAUUUUAGUAAUGUGUGGGAUAUGAAAACAUCAGCAACCCCUUAUGUGACGAAUGUGUUUGUACCUGGAAGAGUAAGCUUAUUUCAGCUAGAAAUAACAUAAUCAUCAUUAUUAUGUGGAGGAAUGACAUGAAAGACCGUUGAGAUUAAAAUGCCUUUUCAAUGUGGUCUAUUGGUUUUACUCCAAACCAGACGUAGUGUAUAUAUAUAUAUAUUCUCCCGUCCAGCUGACGGUGCUACGGUAUCUCUUUUCAAGACUGAUUUCUACACCAACCCAUCAUGCAUUUACAUCACCGAAAUAUCUACCUCAGAAUUAACCGUGUAUUUGAUGCAAUAUGCACUUAUAUAUGUUUUUGACAUGUUUUGCAAUCGUCAUAAAAUGUAUGUAGACUUUGUGUAUUGCUGUGGGGUUAUUUCCAUAAAGUCGAUACGAUAAUUGUACGUCACAAAUGAAUAGUUCAGAAUUUGA